AUGGCUGUCUUGUUGAGAAGAUGGAGAGGUUUGCUGGUACUAAACCUAAUGGUAGUGACUGGGUUUAUGAUUUUUUGGACCAAAUACAAGUCAAGAAGCAUAAAAAACAUAGAGCAAGUGAUAUCGGUGCAAACCAGAAAGGAUUCCAUCCUCACAAGCCAGGAUUCUAGAGCCAGUCAGGAAACAGUACUGAAGAGGCUCUCCUUUCUGGAAGAGGUGGUCUACAGGAAACUCAAUGGUCUUUCCAAGUAUCUGGGGCUGAUUGAAGGUUAUGGCGGGCGCGGUAAAGGAGGAAUGUCUGCAACCCUGAGUCCCAAUGAGCAGGUUAAAGCCAAAGACCUUGGAGAGAAGUAUGGGUACAACGCUUAUCUCAGCCAGAAGAUUUCAUUGGAUAGAUCCAUUCCAGACUUCCGUCCAAGCAAGUGCAAAGAGCUGACCUACCGUAAGGACCUCCCUCAGAUCUCCCUGAUCUUCAUCUUUGUAAACGAAGCCCUGUCUGUGAUUCUGCGCUCAGUGCACUCCGCAGUCAACCACACGCCAGCGCACCUCCUGAAGGAGAUCAUUCUGGUGGAUGACAACAGUGAUGAUGACCAGCUGAAGGGACCCCUAGAGGAAUACGUCAACAAGCGCUACCCCGGCCUGGUGAAAAUUGUCCGCAACAAGAAAAGGGAAGGGCUGAUCCGGGCCCGGAUUGAAGGGUGGAAGGCUGCCACUGGGGAGGUCACAGGGUUUUUUGAUGCCCAUGUAGAGUUUACACCUUCAUGGGCUGAACCAGUUCUGUUGAGAAUUAAAGAGAAUCGAAAACGCAUCAUACUUCCCUCCAUCGAUAACAUCCAACAGGACACGUUUGAGCUGGUGCAGUAUGAAAACUCUGGCCACGGCUACAACUGGGAACUGUGGUGCAUGUACAUCAGCCCCCCCAAGGAGUGGUGGGACGCGGGGGAUGCUUCUGCACCAAUCAGGACUCCAGCGAUGAUCGGUUGCUCCUUUGUCGUGAACAGGAAGUUCUUUGGAGAGAUCGGUUUACUCGAUCCGGGAAUGGAUGUAUAUGGUGCAGAGAACAUAGAACUUGGAAUCAGGGUCUGGCUGUGUGGCGGAAGCAUGGAGGUGCUUCCUUGCUCCCGAGUUGCUCAUAUUGAGCGGAGGAAGAAGCCGUACCACAACAACAUCGGGUACUUUGCACUGAGGAACUCUCUGCGAGUCGCCGAGGUCUGGAUGGACGACUACAAAUCUCAUGUUUACAUGGCAUGGAACAUUCCAAUGCAGGACCAUGGCAUCGACAUUGGCGAUAUCUCACAGAGAGUAGCUCUAAGAAAAAGCAUGAACUGUAAAAGUUUCCAGUGGUACCUGGACAAUGUGUACCCAGAGAUGAGAACCUACAACACCACCCUCUUCUAUGGGGAACUGCGCAAUAGUAAAGCCAGCCACCUGUGCAUUGAUCAGGGAGAGAAAGAGAACCACACAGCUAUUCUCUACCCUUGUCACGGAGGGGAUCCACAGCUUGCAAGAUACACAAAAGAAGGAUUCCUGUACCUGGGCUCAUUGGGAAGUACAAAACUGUCUGAAGAGACACGAUGCCUUGUCGAUGAUAACAACAGCAGUUUCCCACAGCAUCUGAAUUGUGAGGAGAUCGCCAAUGUCCGCCAGAAGUCCUGGCAUUUUUCCCAGAAUGAUUCGAUUGUUAAUGUGGACACUGGGCGAUGUUUGGAGGUAAUUCCCUCGAAAGGCGGAUUUGAUUUUGAGCUUCUUCUGCAGAACUGCACAGGUCAAAAGUGGAACAUCAAACAAGGCAAUAGUUUCUCGACAACAUCGGUAUCAGUUCCCAAUUCCAAUUCCAACUCCAUUUUAAUCAAUUCCAACAUUCGCUGAUCAAAAUUGCAAUUAGCAGUAUUCUGUUAAAAUGGCUUUUCACAGUGGUUAGAAAUCACUUCAAUUGAAGUCACUAUUAGUCAAUUAAAUUGGCUUCACAUGAAAGCAGUUGAACAAUGACAACAAUUACUAUGUCUCUAAAAUAUCAAUUCCAAAUUCCUUCAAAAGAAUGGGGAAUUGAUUUAAAACAGGAAUUGACCCCCUGGUAAUACGUGUGAGCACGGGGACACCAGACUGUGUUUUUUUGGGUUCAUUUUUUCUUGUAAUUGGAAGAAUUUAAGAGUAAUAUUUAUGCAAAGUAUAAAACGCAGAAUCAGAAAGUGGGCAUUUUAUAUGUAGGGAUACUUUUAUAGGUUGUGUUUAUGGACUGGGAUGUGAAGGCAAUUGUACUUUGAUUAAUGUGUGACUUGAAAAACGGCAACAAAAUGUCAUCUUUAUACUUGAAGCUAACAA